AUGACCAAUGAAAACGUGGCUGUCACAAAUUUUCGUCAAUAUUUGCGCAUCCGCUCUGUCCCUCCAGAGCCCGAUUAUGAAGGAUGUGUCUCCUUUCUCUCUGGUUUAGCCGAUGAGCUUCGCAUUGAAAAACAUCGUUAUGAACCAGUGAAAGGAUUUCCGUGUUUGGUGCUGACAAUUCCAGGGACAAGCCCCAAUCUUCCGUCAAUCAUGUUCUAUUCUCAUAUGGAUGUGGUACCGGUUUUUGAGGAACACUGGAAACACGAUCCAUUCUCUGCAGUCAAAGAAGAGAAUGGGGAUAUUUAUGGAAGAGGCACACAAGAUAUGAAAUGCGUGGGAAUUCAGUACAUUGAGGCGCUACGGAAACUCUUCGAAGAUGGAAAAAAGCAAUUCCUUCGAACAAUUCAUCUCAUCUAUGGAGCUGACGAGGAAAUGGGUGGAUACAAAGGAAUGGCUGAAUUCACGAAAACCAAAGAUUUUGAGGAGUUGAAUGUCGGUUGGAUAAUGGACGAAGGAUUGGCGUCACCAAAUGAGACAUAUCAAGUCUAUUAUGGCGAGCGAAAUCCUUGGUGGGGCCGAGUGACCUUUGUUGGAAAUCCGGGUCAUGUUAUGGAGUUCAUUGAAAACACCGCUAUGGAAAAAUUGAAUCACUUCUUGAACAGCGCUCUCGCCUAUCGCGCAAAAUGGAAGAAAACCCUUGAAUCGGAUCCAAACUUGAAACUCGGAGAUGUUCCAACGAUAAAUCUUCCAAUUGUCAAGGGAGGAGUGCAAGCAAAUGUGAUUCCCGAUAAAUUUGUAUUGGAAUUUUCAAUCCGCGUCCCACCAACAAUGCAUUUUGAUUCAAUCAAGAAUGAAAUCGAGGGAUGGGUGGAGGCAGCUGGAAGAGAUGUCCAUUUGGAAUGGGUUGCUAGGCCUUGUGUAAGCAAUAUCACCGAGACGACCAACGAGAAUCCAUUUUGGGUGGCUUUUGAGAAAACAUUGACUCAAGAAGGCUGUAAAAUAAACAAAGCCAUUUUUCCGGGAUCGACCGAUUCAAAACACGUUCGACAAAAAGGCUACAAAUCGCUCGGGUUUUCUCCGAUGAACAAUACUCCAGUGUUGCUUCAUGAUCACAAUGAGUUUUUGAAUGAAAAGGUAUUUCUCCGAGGUGUCGAGAUCUACGAGAAACUCAUCGAAAAUCUCGCCAAUGUCUCAUUCCAA